AUGGCAGCAGAGAAAACCAGUAAGUUGUCUGAAGCAUAUCCCUUCAAAGCUGGAGAUGGCCCCAACAGCUAUGCCAAGAACUCCGCUUACCAGAAAAUCAUUACUUUGAAAGGUGUUGUGGGUGCUGCCAAAGAACUUCUAAACAGGGCAAUUGCGGAAAAGCUUGAUGUAGAGAUCUUUCUGUCCUCCAACACCUUUCACAUUGCAGACUUGGGUUGCUCAGUGGGGCCAAAUACAUUUCUUUCUGUUGAAAACAUACUUGAAGCUGUAGAAUUUAAGUAUCAAGGUUCAAGGCCAAGGCUUCAAUUCUCAAAUCCCUGA